CUACCAUGAUCAAGAGCAUUUGAGAGUGAGUGAAUGAUUUCCAUUGUUUGUUCCAUGCCAAAAGAAUGAGGGGGCGCCUACAAUGCACUCGUCGUUUCGUACUGAUACAUUUACUUUGUAGCAGUAUUGGAUCAUGCUACUGCACAUACUUCUGGUUGCGUCUUGCAUUGCAAGCUCAUGUGCAAUAUGGCCUCAGCCAUUAAACCAGUCAAAAGGUACCGAUGUACGGUGGCUAGAUCCCGCUGUCAAAACGACUCUCCAUUGCAAUGGAGCCAUAGCUCUCUUGUACUCUCACGAUUCAUCUGAAUAUCAAUUCACUGGUCUAAUCCAUGAACUUUCCAAGAUUAGCCAGGUAUUCUUUGGCCAUUUCCAGAUCUUCACAGGUAACAAGAGCCGGCAUGAGACACCCAACAGCUUAUCUGAGAGUUUCCUGCUGCAGGCCGCAGCUCGCGAAACGAUUGCCCAAAUUCAUAGGUCAGGAUUUGUGCCAUGGAAAAUGCACAAACGGCACUCCGCCUUUGAGCCAGACGCUCAUGCGCCUCGCCAAUAUGUAUCGGCGGUUCAGAUUCACCAGAUGAAGUGUCCUGACUCCCAUGACUUCGCACCCGUGUCUUUCUUUGAUGGAGAUGAGUCUUACGAGCUUACUAUCACCAAUGAGACGGCUACAAUCAAGUCUAAUCAUACAAUUGGCAGUCUUCGAGCAUUGCAAACUCUGCAGCAGGCCUUCUUUGCACACUCAACCUUAUCUGGGUCCUACAUGCCAGAUCUACCGCUGCACAUUGUCGAUCGACCAAGAUGGCGCCACCGAGGCCUUAGUAUCGACAUUGCGCGAAAUCCAUUUCGACCCGAGGAUUUGAUCAGAACUCUUGAUGCCAUGGCUAUGACAAAAUUGAACCGACUUCAUAUUCACGCUACAGAUUCUCAAAGUUGGCCACUCGAUAUACCCUCACUCCCAAAGCUUGCUAGUAAAGGUGCCUACCAGCCUAACCUUAUCUGGACGGUCAAUGACCUUAGUGAGAUUCAAGCUCAUGGGGUAAUGAAAGGCAUAUCAGUAUUUGUGGAGAUCGACAUGCCUGGUCACACAGCCUCGAUCGCUCAUUCCUACCCGGAUCUCAUAGCUGCGUUUAACGAGCUCGACUGGUCAACCUUUGCAGCUGAGCCACUCAGUGGACAGCUCAAACUAAACUCAUCCGCCGUCAAUGAAUUUGUAUCGACGGUUCUCCUGGAUCUUUUGCCUCGAACACGUCCAUACACUUCAUUGUACCACAUCGGCGGUGAUGAGGUCAAUCUGCAGGCUUACCUAUUGGAUGAAACCGUGUCUAGUGACGACCCUCAUGUGCUGCAACCUCUCUUGCAAAAAUUCGUCGACCGACUGAUCAACAUCACCAUCCAGCAGGGUCUGCGGCCCAUCAUCUGGGAGGAAAUGCUCCUGGACUGGAACUUGACGCUAUCAUCUGCAGUAGACAAGGAAAACACUCCUAGCACUUUGGUCCAGGUAUGGCGGGAUAGCCAACGUAUCGAGGAGGUUUUGAAGAGGGGACACCGAGUCAUCUUUGGAGAUUACAAGCAUUGGUAUCUUGAUUGUGGUUAUGGUAUCUUUCUCGACCCAUAUCCAAUGGGUAAGUCGCCUCACGGUGUGCCCUUUAACACCUCCGGAGGGAUCCCUAGCAAACUCCACGUGCCUUAUCUCGACUAUUGCGCCCCAUUUCACAAUUGGCGCCAUAUGUACAUGUAUGACCCUGUGGCGAACAUAAGCAGCGACCUCGUCGACGGCGUCGAAGGUGGCGAAGUCCUCUUGUGGAGUGAGCAAACCGACUCUAUGGACCUGGAUUCCAAGUUGUGGCCUAGGGUCGCCGCUGCUGCAGAGGUUCUCUGGGCGGGUGUCAGGAAUGACACAAUGCUUGAGGAUGCCGCCAGAAGGUUGGGGGAAUGGAGAGAAAGAGCAGUCACUGAUCUUGGAGUGAGAAUGUCACCUGUCCAAAUGACUUGGUGCCUCCAAGAAAGGGGUUGCAAUUUAUGACGAUAUGGGGUUACUGUCCACCACAAGAGCAAUAAGAUGCACCAAAGCCGACCAGGGCAGAGUUCUCGAGUUGCCCUCUAGACGCUGGUGCGGCAGGCAUGUGCCAUCUAUUCAGGCUAUCGCACUGCAAGCGUAUCAUCGUAUUUCGUAUUCGGCACAGAAUACGGGCGGUAAUGGCCCAGAACCGCGCUAAGUGCAUGAUCACUUCAGGUUCAUUACUUCCGUCUUACAAUCAUCAGACUUCUUCCAAACCAUUGCAUUCUUGCACCUUACACUGGGAAGUUAUUGGCAACAUUUG